AUGUCAGGGAAAGCGGCAAAGAAAAGAAAUGUGCCAGUGGACUCGGGCGGCGACAGCGACAACAACGAUUUGCAGCCCGGCCAGAUGGCCGGGAUUACUCCGGAUGGUGACAGCGGUUCACCGCCGGAGGUUGCCGCUCAGCCGGAGCGGUUGGAAGAUUCUGACGAUGAAGACGACCAGUUGGAGGGACCGCCACGACGGCUACAUGAGUCUCUGCGUGGGAUGAAAGCGCGGAUCAGCCAAGAGUUUGAGCGGAAGACGCAGCAGCUGAAUAAGGAGGAGAGGGAGGCGCUGGAGCACGUGGACGAGGAGGGUCGCUCCGUGCUGUCCCGCAUCCAAGCGAACAUCACUCUCUAUGAGAUCAGAACACGCAGCUUGGGGCAGGAGAUCAACGAGCUGCUCACGGCCCUCGCAGUGAAGGACCCACUCACCUUCCUGCAGGAUCCCAAGUACGAGGAACUCAGAAACUCGGUAUCUCAGGAGACUCAAGAUGACCCUGCUCCCACAUUCAGCCAGCAGGAGCUCACAAAGGUCAUCUCAGCAGGAGGAGUCGAGAUGAGACUCCUGGCUCUCCUGUCUUCAGCUGCCCGCAGUUUCCGAACGGCUUUCCCCGUGCGACCCCAGCUGAGGAGGAACGUGGCCCUCGCCAACCUGGCGGAGCAGCUCAGAGUUGGAGACGGGAUGGCCGCGGCCGUCGUGUGUGACAUCUGUGGUGACGGCCAGACCCCUGCAGUGAAGACCUGCCUGAGAUGCGAGAUGUCCUUCUGUUUUUCCCACUACAAGCCUCAUGUGGAGAAUCCCAGGUUGAAAGACCACACCGUGGUGGAUCCCACUACGAGCUUGGAUGAGCGAAGAUGCCCUGAGCACAGUGAGGAGCUGAAAUUCUACUGCACAGUAGACAGCAGUCUGGUCUGCUCAACUUGCACCAUCGCAGGUGAACACAAAGGACAUGAUGUCACCACGCUGAAGAACGAGCACGAGACACGGAAGACGCACAUAGGGGAGGAGAUGCGAACGGUGGAGAAGAAGAGGAAGAAGGCGAAGAAGUCCAUGAAGCGGAUGGAGGCUGCUCAUAAGGAGGCGCAGGAAUCGGUGGCUGGGAUCAGGGGUCGCAUCACGGGCAAAUUCGCCCGCCUAAGGAAGGCUCUGGACGAGGACGAGAGGGAGGCUCUCCAACGCGUGGCCGUGAAGGAGCGCGAGCUGCUGUCCCAGAUUGAGGAGGACAUAGCUCGUCAGAAGCGGGAGAUCAGCGAGCUCCAGGCGGCGGGCGCUCGCCUGCGCGCUCUGCUGCACGAGAGGGACUCGCUCGCCUUCCUGCAGGUGGGGAGCGCCUCUGGGGAGACGCCGUUUGGGCGUCCAGAACAGCAGAGCGGGCAGUGGCAGAGGGACUCGUGGUGCAUGGGUAGAGACGUCACUCAUGAUCUCUCUCUCUCUUCCACAGGGGCACCUGGAGGAGACGCGAAGGUACAGAUCCUUAAUGCCUCACGAUUAAACACUCAACACGGGGCUGUGUGUGAGACACUGGAUAUGUGUGUUAGACACAUGGGCUUUCUAUGAGACUCUGGCUGUGUGUGAGACACGGGCUGUGUGUGAGACACAGGUUGUAUGAGAUGAUGGCUGUUUGUGAGACACUGACUGUGUGUGAGACACGGGCUGUGUGUCCCAGGAGAGAGAUCCCAAAGGAAUCUGCACCCCCACCUCACACUUCACUGGACGUCACCACGAUCCGCUCCCUUGAAAGGGUCAUGCACAGACUCCUGCCUCUCGCCUGUGAGUUCCUCAGUCUUGCACCCGCGUGUCCCACUAUGUUGCGCUAAACUUACGUGCUCCCCACCUUCAUUAACUUUUAUUAUUAUUUUUACAGGUAAGAAACCCACUGAACCAUGUUGCUCUUUUUUCAGAAGCGAAAUGAAUCAC